GCAGGACGGGGUGAAUGUGAGAGCAGAUGCUGGAGACCUGAGUUUUUAUCUUUCAAGAGAGCAGAGCUGUGAACAACUUCUCGUAUAGCUUCUUGGAGUGGAUGUUGACAUUGACUAGAUUAUUUACAUGCAAGUUUGAUGAUUGAAUUAACCCAGGAAGACAUUUUCCUUCACUGCACCCAGCAGUAAAUCAAACAGAAAAUGACCACUAAUCCGUAUGCGAAUUUAGGUCCUGGUUUCAUCCAUGAAGGCGACAUGAGGAAACUUCGCCCACCCAGCCGAAAAGAUGUUAAGCCUCAGUAUGUUCAUCAUCUGACCCCACAACCCCCCCCUGAGAUCAGCCCCUCCAUUCCCAAUAACAAAGGUGUAAAACAGAGGUGUGUGAAGUUCACUGUGACCGCUGUGAUCUCCCUGCUGCUCCUCCUGCUGGUGGCUGGAAUCCUCCUCGCUUAUUACUACUCCUCGUCCUGUAUGCACGGUGUGCAGUGUGGUGACGUUGGCUGUGUGUGGGAGUCCCAGUGGUGUGACGGAGUGACGGAUUGUCCCGCAGGCCAGGAUGAAGCUAACUGUGUGAGGCUGCAUGGCUCCAGUUUCCUGCUCCAGGUUUACUCCACUCAGAGUAAAAACUGGAGGACUGUUUGUUCUCACGGCUGGAGCGACCAGCAGGGGAGAGCGAGCUGCCAGCAAGUUGGAUACAGCAGGGGCACAUAUUUGAAAUCAGGCCAACAGAAGACUGACUCUGAUGAGGGAUUCUUACAAGUGAAGUCUAACUUCAACCCUAAGGCAUCCAUACUGCAACAGCUCGUGCUCAGCAACACCUGUCCCAACAACAGUGUGGUGACGCUGCAAUGUACUGAUUGCGGGAGUGGGGUGAACUCCAGCAGGGCCUCAGGGGGUCAGUUGGCCUCUCCAGGGGCCUGGCCGUGGCAGGUCAGCCUGCAGGUUGCAGGCUUCCACCGCUGUGGAGGAACCAUCAUCUCCCCCUACUGGAUAGUCACAGCAGCACACUGUGUGACCCGUAUCUCCAGCCCGGCAGACUGGGCCGUGUAUGCUGGGAUAGUGGAUCCACUGGGCACUCUGUUUAACCCUGCGUACUCUGUGAGCCACAUCAUAGCCCACGAAGGCUUCAACAGCGUCACUCGCAGGAAUGACAUCGCUCUGAUGAGGCUCUCUAAACCUCUGGACAUCACAGCCUCCAGUAACAUCGGACCUGUGUGCCUCCCAAAUGUUGAUAUAAACAUCACCGUGCCUCAGAAGGGCUGGAUAACAGGAUUCAAUCGAACAAUAAAUGGAGACUCUGGCUCUCCACACCUGAUGGAGGCUCAGGUCUCUCUCAUAGACACUGCAGACUGCAACAGCUCCAUCGCCUACAACGGCAGGAUAUCACAGGACAUGUUAUGUGCCAGAGGGACGGAGGCAGUAACCGACAUGUGCCAUGCUGACAGCGGCGGCCCUUUGGUGUCCCUUAAGGAUGGAGUAUGGUGGCUCGUAGGGGACAGUAUCUGGGGGGGACACUGCACUGAGCAGAACAAACCAGGUGUUUAUGGCAACAUCACCUAUUUCCUGGACUGGAUCUACCGUCAGAUGAGGAAGCAUCAAGAUGACUGACGGCAGGACUGAGGAUGAACCAAUUAAGAUGUCUGUGUUCACAAUUUUAAGUGUGCAGAGAUACAUCUUCAUAUAAAUGCCUCAUUAAGGGGGUGGCUGUGGCUCAGAGGUAGAGCGGGUCGUCUACCAAUUAGAAGAUCAGCAGAUUGAUCCCCAUCUGAAGUAUCCUUGAGCAGGAUACCAUCGGUGUGUGAGUGUGUUAAAAACAGAGUAGCAGGUGGCACCUUGUAUGGUAGCCUCGGCCACCGGUGUAUGAAUGUGUGUGUGAAUGGGUGAAUGUGACUCGUGCAGUCCAUUUACCUUUUACAAUAUCUGUAUCAGUAACAUAACUUAUUUCCUACAUAUUACGGUUUUGUGUUUUCAUAAAUCACUGUUGCAGUCAUUGGAGCUUCUUACAAGAAUUUGAGCAAAACCAAUGAACAAUGUUAGUAUCUCUUAAAGGGAAAUUUCGGUUUAUUUCAACCCGUCUCCUGGAAAGCAGAGCUAGAGGGAUAAACAAACAUGGCAGCACACCGGUAAGGUAAGACAACACGUUCACAUGUCGUUUUCUAUAUGUUCUCUGACAUUUAUUCCAACAAUAUGAGGCGGUCUUUGUGGAAAAAAAGCUUGUUUAGUGGACUAACUUUGCACUUGAAGGUUGCCCGUUCACUUAUGUUUUAACAGGUCUGACGCUACUAUGCGCCCUGGCUGUAUCUAGGCUGAUGGCUAACAUGCUAACUAUUAUUUCUAUGUCACUAGUCACUUGAAACAAAUUUAGGAGACAGGUUGAAAUAAACCGAAAUUUCCCUUUAAUAUGGAGGGAUAAUGCAUUCACUUGAGGAAAAAAAAUCUGAUUUUUCUGAUUUAACAAAAUUAUUAUUAUUAUAUAAAGUUUGUUUGUUUCCUAUUUGUAUAUUUGUGUGGAAUAUAUAAAGUAUUUUUUUAGUCUGUGUAAAUAUGAUUGAAACACAUUAAUCGUGAUAUUUGAGCUGGUAGAUGCAGAUACCAUGUGUCAACACAAGAUGUCACUCACAAACCACAUGGAGCUUGUUCCCACUGACUGUUCCUGAGUAACCUUUCACAAAAAUAAACAUUUGUUAAUUUAAAA